AUGGCAUCCAACUCCAGUUGGCCCCGCGUGGUCACUGUUCUGUUCUCCGCCGUAUUCCUCAGCACAAUCUUCCUCAACAGCAUCUUCUCUGUUGACCCCUACCGCUGCGGCGCCCUCAUUGGCGAUGGUCAGUGGAUCGACCCUGUUGAUGCCAACGGCACCCGCCGUCCCUUCAACACCUGGCAGCCAGAUGGAUGCAUGAUGCGCAAGUACACGAGCGAUGACAUCCACCGCUGCAUGGAGGGCCGGCACAUGGUCUUUUCUGGCGACUCGACCACCCGUCAGGUCUUCUGGGGUAUGGCCCGUCUGCUCGACAGGGAACUGGCGAACAAGACUCGCAAAGAGUCGGCAACACAUGCUGCCUAUGACAUGAAGUUUGGCGGCAUCCGGAUGCGCCAGAUUUGGAACCCCUUCAUGGACCUCGACAAGGACGGCCUUGAGCUGAAGAAGGAGCUCGAGCUUUACCGCCACGAGCGCGAGAACCCUGUUCCCGUUUCGGAGCAAAAGGCAGCCGCCUUGACCAUGAUCGGCUUCGGCAGCUGGUGGGCGCUUCGUUACUUCGAGGAGGAGUCCCUGCAACAGUUCAGCUCGGCCAUCGACAACGUGACUGCUAUAUUGCGCCAGCAUGACUACCCCGAAUUCGGCAAACGCCCCAUGAUCCCUGGUGAUGGCAUCGGCAACGAGGUCUUCAUCGCGCCCAUCGCCCCGCCCUACUAUGACGAUCUUCCCAGCAAGCGCAAGGGCCCCAAGGGUCUUCACGUCGGUGAGGUGGAAUCGAUGGACGAGUACCUUGACAGCAUCCGCGAUGAACGCAGCCUCAACCUGCUCUGGGCGUUCCCCGCCCUCUCCCGCACCGAACCCGCCGCCAUGGUCGACCGUCACGAGACGGGCUUCCAUGUGAUUGACUCGGUCGCCGAGACCAAGGCCACCAUUCUGCUCAACGCCCGCUGCAACGCCAAACUCGAUGCCAUGGAUGGCUACCCCCAUAACAGGACCUGCUGCACCAACUACGGCGGCCCUUCAUUGGUCCAGCUCAUGUUCCUGUUCUUCGGCACCUGCUACGUCAUUGCAUGCGUCGUCUAUGAGACCUACGGCAUCCUUAAGGCGCGCGCCUGCCGCCGUGCCCCCUUUGACAUGGAGACCGGCCUGUUCGUGACGGCUCUGUUAGCCUGCUACCACGCCGACCGCACACAGUUCCUCGCCAAGGCCUCGAAAAUGUUCGUGUACGAUGAGUUCACCGUCUUGGCCGCCAUUUGUGUCCUCGUUUUCCUCUUCACCAUCCGCCGCUCCAGGGCUGCUCCCCAGCCUGACACCAUUGCUCCGCAGAAGGCCCCCGAGGUCAACGUUCUCCUUCCUCGGGACCAGACGGAGGAGUGGAAGGGCUGGAUGCAAGCCGCCAUUCUCGUGUAUCACUGGACCGGCGCCUCCAAGGAUCUCGGCAUUUACAUCUUCAUCCGUCUGCUCGUAGCCUCGUAUCUUUUCCAAACCGGCUACGGUCAUACCAUCUUCUUCCUGAAGAAGAAGGAUUUCGGCUUCAAGCGCAUCGCAGCUACCAUGUUGCGCCUGAACCUGCUCAGCUGCGCUCUUCCUUACGUGAUGGGCACGGACUACAUGUUCUACUACUUUGCUCCACUUGUCAGUUUCUGGUUCAUGGUGGUUUACAGCACUCUCGCCAUCGGCCGCCAGCACAACGACAAUCUGGGCGCGCUGCUCGGGAAAAUUGUCAUCUCUGCCUUCAUCACAUAUCUCGUCAUGAUGAAAUCGCCUGUUCCCGAAUGGAGCUUCACUGCACUUCGUCUACUCUGCAACAUCAAGUGGAAUCUUCACGAGUGGACGUUCCGUGUGGGCCUCGACGCCUUCAUCGUGUUCGUCGGCAUGCUGACCGCCAUUGCACACGUCCGCUACCCGAACGCAUGUGCCUGGGCACUAAGCUCGUAUGCUGGCGCUGUCGGUGGUCUCGUCGCCAUGUAUGGCUACUACCACGCUUGUGGGGAGUAUUUCCCGACCAAAGAAAUCUACAACUCUUGGCAUCCAUACAUCUCAUGGAUUCCCAUCCUCAGUUUCAUUGCCGUCCGCAACAUGCCCGGACCCGCUCAAUUUUUCACCUCGAGCGCAGCGGCGUGGUUGGGCAGGUGCUCGCUUGAGACCUUUACGCUGCAGUUCCAUCUCUUCCUCGCGGCAGAUACCAAGGGCGUGCUCCGUCUGGGCAUGUUCUCUGGCGACAGCACACUAUUCAACGACAGGUGGCGAGACCUCGUCUUCAUCGUGCCCAUCUUCCUUUGGGUCAGCAGUCGCCUAGCCGAAGCUACCGGAGCGUUGGUGAAGCUGGUGACGGAUGGCACUGUCGGCCAGGAGGCGGAGAAUGAGUCGGAAAAGCUGUGGAGCGUCAACUCAAAGUUUGACGAGCUCGUCCUGGCCCGGGUGCGGCCUUUGAUGCCGGCCAUGCACACGUGGGCGAAUGACCUGCGGGUGCGCGUGGCGAUGAUGUUUGGUGUCAUGUGGGUGCUUAACCUGCUCAGUUGA